AAAUAAAUCUGUUCCAUGGACAUCAAAUGUCAAAAAUAUGUACUGUACCAUUUACCUUUUUGGUACUCCAGGAGAACUUACUUCAGAUGCAGUGCUUUGCUACUCUUCUAUAUUAAUAAGAAGCCCAAGAAGAGUUUCCAGGUGCAAGACUGGGCUGGUUUAGAUGAAGAUGAAGAUGCACAUGUCUGGGAAGACAAUUGGGAUGAUGACAAUGUAGAAGAUGAUUUCUCCAAUCAGUUAAGAGCUGAACUAGAGAAACAUGGAUAUAAGAUGGAGACCUCAUAGUUUUAAAGGAAGAUGGAAUAAUCUUGGAAUAAAAUUGGACUAUAGAUUGCAUUGUUGACAAAAGAAUACAGCCUGGGACAUGAGAUGAUACUUCAGUCCAUUAUCAGUUUGCAAUGAUUUAUUUUGGUUUUGUAUAAAGAAUAAAAAAUUAAUUGAAAUCCUCUUA